AUGGGUGGACCAAAUGACUCUGUGAUUUCGGAGUUUGUAUUGCUGGGACUCUCCAGUGCAAGGGAAACUAAAGUUUUUCUCACAUUGACCUUCUCCUUACUCUAUUUUGGGAUCAUCCUAGGAAACCUUUUUGUUUUGUUUUUGGUGAUUCUUGAUUCUCACUUGCAUUCCCCGAUGUACUUUCUGCUGGCCAACUUGUCCCUCAUUGAUGUGGGUCUUUCCUCUACCACAGUCCCCAAGAUGAUCACAGACUUUUUGAAUGAAUACAAGGUAAUUUCUUUUCAAGGCUGCAUGAUACAGAUAUGCUUCAUCCACAUCAUAGGAGGAGUGGAGAUGGUGUUACUCAUAGCCAUGGCCAUUGACAGGUACACAGCCAUCUGUAAGCCUCUUCACUACUUGAACAUCAUGAAUCCUAAAAUAUGUAUUUCAUUUGUAGUCUCUGGAUGGGUAACCAGGGUUAUCCAUGCUAUGUUUCAAUUUGGUUUUGUUAUAAAAUUGCCUUUCUGUGGACCUAAUAAAAUAGACAGCUUUUUUUGUGACUUUCCUAGGAUCAUAAAACUUGCAUGCACAGAUGGAGACAAGCUUGAGUUUAUUAUUGCUGCAAACAGUGGGUUCAUAAGCAUGGGCACCUUCUUCCUGCUAGUCUUCUCUUAUGCAUUCAUUUUGGUCACAGUCUGGAAACGUUCUUCAGGUGAUUUGUCCAAAGCAUUUGUCACUUUGUCAUCUCACAUCACUGUAGUUAUUCUUACUUUCACACCAUGCAUGUUUGUUUACUUAUGGCCUUUUCCCACAUCAUCACUUGAUAAAUACCUAUUCAUUGUUGACUUUGCUAUCACCCCUAUAUUGAAUCCUAUCAUCUAUACAUUAAGGAACAAAGACAUAAAGAUAGCAAUAAAAAGAUUGAGCAAACAGCAGUAUUAUCUCAGAUUUUGCUGA